ACAUACUGGCAGCACCCUUGCCAAAUAAUUACAAGGAUACUAACUUGGUGUUCGAUGGGACUUCUGAUCUGUCGAGACACGUGAGGACAUUUGAAAAUAUGGCUGUGCUGCACGGAUAUACUGACCCUGUCAGUUGCAGGGCCUUUUUAUCGACCCUUAGGGAAGGGGCGCUCGACUGGUUCCAACAGCUCCCCCCAGGCUCGAUAGUGGACUUUGAGAAUUUUGCGGAGAAGUUGACAAAUCAAUAUUCGAGCGAGGUGGCUCAGGAGAAAACGUAUUUGACAUUGAUGGCGAUGAGACAAGGCGAGAAGGAGUCACUGCGUAAAUAUGUUGCUCGAUACAAUCAGGCUUGUUUGGAGAUUCCAUCGGCGGUCGACGUGGUCAAGGCGGGAGGGCUGAUAAGAAGUCUGCGGGCAGGACCGUGUCGGACCUCUCUGGCUAAGACCCUUGCUCACACGUAUGAUGAAGUAUUGAGGAGGUGCAGGAAAUAUAUCAAUGUCGAGGAGACUGAGGCGGAGUUUGCCAAACUAGAGGAGCUAGGUCGAGGGGAGUCAAGGAAGGAGAAAGCAGUUUCGCCUAAAAGGAAAAACUCGCCCAGGAGGGAGGGGCGAGCUAAGCAAGAUCGAGGGCGAGAGGACAGGUGGAAGGACCGACCUAUCUCUGGAGGGAAGAGAUUCCACGAUUACACCCCACUGAACGCGAAGGUAGCCGAGGUUCUGAUGGCUAUGGAGAAAGGGAUAGAUGGGAAGGAUGUGACGUGGCCAAGGUCGAGGUUCGAAGGGCCCACCCAACCGAAGUCGAGGAGAUAUUGCCACUUCCAUAAAGACUAUGGCCAUACUACUGAGGAUUGUCGGCAUCUCAAGGACGAAAUUGAGCGCCUUAUUCAAGCAGGGCAUCUCAAGGAGUUUGUCUAUCAGGAUAAGGGGAGGAGAAAGGAGAAGAGAAGGUGUCGGGAGGAAUCGGCAGAGAGGAGUGAGGAAAACGAUGAUGAGGAUGCGCGAGGUGGUCGAGAUGCUCAAAAAAGAGAUGAGGGGAAGAGGAGGCGAGGAAGUAGAGAGCGGGAAAGAGAAGGAGAUGGAGGCCAAGUAAAGAGAGGCACAAUAUAUAUGAUUUCAGGAGGACCAACUGACGGGGACUCGAACAAUGCGAGAAGAGGCCACGUUCGAGCAAUGAAAAGGAAGAGGGAAGAGGUGAGUAUCACGACUCGCAUGCCGGUGAUAAGUUUUAAGGCGGAGGAUGCCGAGGGGGUGGUCCUGCCGCACAAUGAUGCCUUGGUGAUAACUGCGGAAGUCGCAGGUUUCGACGUGAAGAGGGUAUUCAUUGAUACUGGGAGUUCGGUAGAUGUGAUGUUCUACGACUGUUUUGUGCAGAUCAACAGGGAGCUGAAUAUGGAGCUGAAACCGGUGACCACGGCACUUUAUGGCUUUAAUGGGGGAGAGGUUAUGCUGAUGGGAGAGGACAGGCAAAAAGUGGAGAAAGGUAAGGAGAAAAUGGAUAUCCAACCUGGGGAAGAAGUUGAGGAGAUUCAGAUGAUCGAGGGGUGUGAAGGGAGAAAGUUCAGGAUCAGAAAGGAUUUGGGAGAACCUAUUCGGUCGAGGUUGAUCCAGUUGGUUAGGGAGUUCGCUGAUAUUUUUGCCUAUACGGCAGAGGAGUUAACGGGAAUAAUCCGGAGAAGGUUCGAGCAUCGGCUAAACAUCGACCCCAGCGUGAGGCCGGUGAAGCAGAAGAGGAGGCACCAUGGGGCGGAGAUGGAUACGAUCAUCGAGCAGGAGGUCGAGAAACUGUUGGGAGCAAGACAUAUUAAGGAGAUUCAGUUCCCCGAAUGGUUGUCAAACACGGUGAUGGUGUCGAAGGCGGAAGGGAAGUGGAGGAUGUGCAUCGAUUUCCGCGAUCUGAACAAAGCAUGCCCGAAGGAUUUAUAUCCGCUUCCUAGGAUCGACCAGCUGGUCGAAUCCACAGCCGGGUGUGAGCUACUCAGUUUGAUGGACGCAUCCCAGGGUUAUCAUCAGAUCCCUCUGGCUCGUGAGGAUUGGAAAAGG